GCAAUUUGAAGGUCUUGAUCUGCUCGUGCUCCUCGCCAACAACAGCAGCAGCAUCUUCUGCGUUUAGGAAAAGAAUUGCACCCAGCUUUCUAGAGGGCUACAACAGCAUCUAAGCUUAUAGCAUCACUUCAGUAUUUCAAAUCCGUAGAUUGCUCGAGUAUGCAAGUUUGGGUGAAUCGAUUUUGUUGCAUGUGAUCCAGCUUAGGUUUUUUCAAGCAAGAACAAUUCUGGACUUGAUUAGUUUUUUUGGCAGCGGGCCAAUGGCGUUGGUUCCUAAGUUCACCUGUAUGACAGUGGCAGAUCUAGAAACAUCUAGCCUUUUAAUAGUAAUAACAUUUGUAAUUUUGUAUAGUGGUUUAUUUUCACAUAGUGUUCACAGUUCACAUAUUCAUGUAGAUCUCUAGACAACUGCAAAUACUAAUGGAUGAUUACUCAGACUGACAUGGGGGUUAACAUCAGUAAUUGGGGCCCUUCAUAAGCAACAUCUCUUUUGUGGUCACAUUAUGACUUCCGUUUGCUCUUUGAUAGUGUAUUCUCCCCAAAUUGCCAUCCAAUUAUAUGCAGAAUAUUUUCCCCAGAAGAGGAUUGCGAGGUUAUAGAAUCAGAGAAACACUCCCAUGUUUUUUACCAAGCCGAAACGGAUAUUUGGAUGGUUCUGGUUGUGGAAAAAAACAAGGAAAAUGAAUUGACUUGGCGUUGUGGUGCACUACAAGGGAUUCUUAAAGAGGCUCAUUCUCUCUUUGCAAUGUUUCAUGGACCAAUCCGAACUUUGCUUCACAAACAACCCAGUGCAGAGCUUGCUCGUGGUCACCUCCGCACAUUUCUUACAGAUUAUUUGAGCGAUUUUAAUGUUGGAAAGAAGUUACAAUUUCCAACCUACCGUGACAGCCUAAAGGAGAGGGGAACAGUCCAAAUGCUUACGGUAUCACGAGAAGUGGCACUUGACGUUCAGUCACUCGCCACAGUACUUGGAUCAUGUCUUGGAAAUGUUACCUGCCAAUCACUUGUACUAUUUGAAGACCUCUUGGUGUCAACGACACUGCCCCCGGAUGAUACUUUAAACCUAUAUACAUAUGCUGUUCUGAGGUUAACUCCGCGUGCUUUAUAUUCCAAUGCAAGUUCUUGGUCCUAUUUGCGGAAAGGAACUUCUGUUAGUGCUGGCCAAACAUCAAGUUCAUCAAAUGGAACAACUGCAGGAGAAAGGUACCGUAGUCGAUCUCGUGAUACUUCUCCAGGUGGACAAAAUCAGAUGAAUCGUAAUUUCAGGCCUCUCCUACGUGAGAAAUUGUCAAAGGGAAAGGAUGGCUUUGUUGCUGCUGAUUUCACAGCUACAGAAGCUCGUUGUGCUGUACCCUCGACUCCAAUACUUUGGUUCCAGCAGGCAGAUGAGUGCAUGCACCUAUGCAUUUAUCAGCACAAAAGUCUCACUAUCUUACUGCUGGUUCCUGCUUCCUCAGUGAUAAAUGGAGAAGAGGGCAUUACUCAUGUGAAGAAGGCGAUGCUUGAAAAUGCAUCACAGAAGAUUGUCACUGUUGAGCAGAAAUUGACACGAGGAUGGGGAGGAGAAAAUGCGUAUCAUGUUAGUGGAUAUCGUUAUUUGCUUGUUGAUCCGGAGAGAAGAGUAUCAAGAGCCUCCCCACCUGGGAAAGUCACCACCCUAGCAAAGGAUUCUCUACUUGCCCUCAACAUGCUAAGACAAGAAGUAGAUCUAGAGAAGUCAAGAUACAAGAGAGGCGACCCUUGUCAUGAUAAGGAUUUCGAAGUAUGUAUCAGAACAAAAAACAAUGCGUGGGUUAUUGCUAAAAUCAGUCAAGGAAGGGAGCUUUACAUGGCUCUAGAGAAGGGUGGUGAAACGCUUCUAUAUGCAUCCACAGCUGUAGAGAAAUUCAGCAACAGGUACUGUGAGGGAGCAUUCUCUACAGAUUAGAAGCACCAGAGGGAGAUCUUAGCUUUUCCAUACAUUACCUAUUAUGUACAUCCUGUUUUUUUCCCAGCUGUAUCGUUGCCCCCUAUUGUUGAGAGACUCGGACCACUCUUUGCGAAGGGAAUAAGGAGUUCGUAUCAGUUGUACAGCUGCUCUGCUGUCGUGUGCUAUCUGCAAAAGAAUAGCCUAGUCUGGGAAUAACGCAGAGCGGGAUAGAGUUUGUUUGUUCACUUAUGCCCUUCCUUAACGCAGAGCAUUGUGCGUGUUUUCAUUUUGCUGUAACAGCCGGCGAUUUACCUGCAGACUGGGAAAGUAACUUAGCGUUUAAUUUGGUAUUCUGCA